UUUUAGCUGGCAAACGUGGCAGUGGCUCAGCAGCUGAGCAGCAGCAGCGGCAGAGGGAGAUAUGUAUGAACAAACAAAACACAAUUAACGUGGAUUAUCUCACGUGUGGUAAUCGGCUGCGAUAAUUGUACGUGUAAAAAGUGAAAGUGACAGACAGUUCGUACGCAAAGCGCAGAACGGUGCGCGAUUCGUUCUCUCACGCCACGGAAUAUUAGGAAUACCAGCCAUGUACAGCAACAACAACGGUGGCAGUGGCAACAUAAUGCAGCAGCGCCGCAAGACCACGACACGCUCCAGAUCAAAGCAGCAGCAGCAGCAACAAUGCACCAGCGAAAACGUAAUCGAAAAAAAUCAAACAAACGGCGCACAAAACGAAAGACUUCACUUUCGCGGAAGCAGCAAAGACACGCCGCUGUCGACGCCGCUGCUGCCGCGCAGCCGUUCAACAACCUCAGCCAUCAACUCACCUUCCCCACUGUGCUGUAACGGUGGUUUGUCCAUACUCAACUGCUGCCGCGACGUCAACUGCCACCUGAAUGCACCUUUGCGUGGCAGCGUGGAGUCGUCGCGCAGUCGGGGUUCCGAGAGCCGACAAUCAUCGCUAACAGCGACACCGACACCGACGCCAACGCCAAAACAAGCUUCACCUUCGCCUACUACCUCCGAACGGUCUCGAUCAUGUUCUCGGUCCCGCUCCCGUUCGUGCUCUUGCGACGGCCGCCUUGUAGAUUGCCAUAAACACAGCGCUGCAGCAGCAGCAGCAGCUGCAUCUACAGCCACACCGCAGUUUACCGUUAACCUGAGCAUCGAUCUCUUCAGUUGGACUCUCUUUCUGCUGGCGUUCUGCACGCGCUUCUACAAGCUGGCAACGCCACCCCACAUUGUAUUCGAUGAGCUGCACUACGGAAAGUACAUUGCCCAUUACAUGCGCAACAUUUUCUUCUUCGAUCAGCACCCGCCCCUCGGCAAACAGCUGAUCGCUGGCCUCGUCAGCCUGGCCGGAUACGAUGGCAACUACACAUUCUCGAGGAUUGGGGCCGCGUACGCGCCGGACGUGCCCAUCUUCUGGCUCCGCUUCAUACCCGCAUUGUGCGGCAGCCUGCUGGCCCCCGCCGUCUACAGGCUACUGCUGGAGGCUAGGCUCCAGCGUUGGGCAGCCGCUCUGGGCGGUCUUCUCGUCGUUCUGGACAACUCCCUGCUGACCCAGUCGCGGUUCGUGCUCAUGGAAUCGAUGCUGCUGCUGGCCAGCACGCUCGGGAUCGCCUGCCUGCUCCGCUUCCAGCGCUGUCGCCUGGGCAGCCUCCAGUGGCUGUGCAGUGGAUCGGCGGCCGGUGUGCUCCUGGCCUGUGCGGGCUCCGUCAAGUAUAUAGGCUUCCUGGCCCUGGCUCUGGCCGGGUACCUGCUCUGUCGCCACCUGUGGCAACUGCUGUACGACGCCAGUCUAACGAAUCGCCAGCUCUGGAUGCACGCCCUGAGUCGACUGAUGCUCUUCGUGGGCAUUCCCAUGGCCGUGUAUAUAGGAGUAUUCUAUGUCCACUUCCGGGCGCUGCACCGGGCAGGUCCUCAUGAUAGCAUUAUGACCAGCGCCUUUCAGGCGUCGCUGGAGGGCGGCCUGGCCUCGAUCACCAGUGGCCAGCCCCUGGCUGUGGUCCACGGCUCGCAGAUAACGCUGCGGCACACUCACGGACGCACCUGCUGGCUGCACUCCCACGCGGCAGUCUACCCGGUGCGGUACAAGGACAAGAGAGGCUCCUCCCACCAGCAGCAGGUCACAUGCUACUCAUUUAAAGACGUGAACAACUGGUGGAUUGUGAAACGGCCUGAGCGGGACGACCUGGUGGUGGGGGAUGAGCCAGACGUCAUACAGCACGGCGACGUCAUCCAGCUGGUGCACGGAAUCACCAGCCGGGCGUUGAACUCGCACGACGUCGCUGCUCCGAUGACGCCCCAGUGCCAGGAGGUCAGCUGCUACAUUGACUACGAGAUCAAGAUGGCCGGCGAGCUGCUGUGGCGCGUGGAGAUCCUCAAUAGGAACUCAGAGGGCGACAGCUGGCACGCCAUAAAAUCUGAGAUUCGUCUCGUCCACGAGUCGACGGGCGCUGCCCUGAAGUUCAGCGGCCGCCAGCUGCCGGACUGGGGCUUCAACCAGCACGAGGUGGUAGCCGAUCGGGAUCAGGUGCACGAAGAUGCCAUUUGGAAUGUGGAGGAGCAUCGCUACACCAGGACUCAGGAUCAGCGGGAACGGGAGCGGCAGCUGCUCUCCGCCGAGAUGAUACCCACGAAGCGCACAACGCUCUCGUUCUGGGCCAAACUCCUGGAGCUGCAGGCGAAGAUGUUCUGGCACGGCAAGCAACUGCAGGCGCACAUGUACAGCUCGCUGCCGCACGAGUGGCCCCUCAUGGACAAGGGCAUCGCCUACUGGCUGGACUCGCAGUCCAGUGCCCAGAUUUAUCUCCUGGGCAACGUGCUCAUUUGGUACACGGCCAGCGCCGGGAUACUGGUAUACGCCGCUCUACUGGCCUUCUAUGCGGUGCGUAGGAGGCGACUCUGCUUCGAUGUAUCCCAGCACGAGUGGCAGCGCUUCCUCAUGGCUGGCGACACCUUCUUCGUGGGCUAUCUGAUGCACUAUCUGCCGUACUUCUUUGUGGACCGUACCCUCUUCCUGCACAACUAUCUGCCCGCGUUUGUCUUCAAGCUGCUGCUGCUGUGCUUUGUCGUGGAGCAUCUGGACUAUCUGUUGCGCCGACACUGCUCGGGUCGCGGGGUGCACCUGGUGCGCGUCUAUCGCCUGGCGCUGCUCCUCUGGCUGCUCGCCGUCGGCAGUGUGUUUGCCAAAUUCUUGCCGCUCAGCUACGGAGCGAGAAAGAUGACCAUUGAGGAGGUUAGACGUCUGCGCUGGAAGGACACCUGGGACUUUAUCCUGCAGAAGAAUUAUGCGCUGAACUGAAGCAUUACCUUUGGCUGCAGACUGCAGACUGCUCGUGCAAUAGGUGGACCCUUCCCCGCCCCCUCCCCAUGU